AUGCCCGAUGAAACCGUGGUCUUCCAAGGUGGAACGAAUGACUCGUUGAAAGUCGGCAUCAAUUAUGGAGAGGAGAUUAAUCCGGAUAAAGUCUCGUUUUGGGUGUUCAUCUUUGCCCUUGUUCUCUUCAUGACUCUUAUGAUCUUUCUCACAUACUAUUUCUCGCGAUGCAUCGGACCAUUGGUUGCCUUUCUAUUAACCAAAUUCCUUCGCUUUAUGGGAAAUACGGCGACGAUCCGGCUCGGUUCGAUUUCAAUCUCAUUUUUAGCUGGGAAAUUGAUGUUUAGAAAUUUUGUCUACAUUUGUGAUGAUUUCUCGAUAAAGAUCAACGAUGGAUGGGUGAUUUUCUCGUAUUGGUGGCCAAUUGCUGGGAGAAGGGUCGAUUUUAAGAGCAACGUUUCCCGUCUUCACAUUGCACUCAAUGGUCUCCAAGUGAACUGCUACAAUACUCUAGGCAGAUACAAGGAAAUCGCUCGCCUUUUUCGACAAGAGAAGCUUUUUGGGAAUGAUGUUGGCGUUGAUUUGAGAAAACGACAGAAAAAUGCAGAAAUCAACCGAAAAGCCGAAGAGCACUGGGAUCGUUUGUGGGCUUUUGUCGGAGUGAUUUCGUUGGAGAUCUCAGCUGGGAAGUGCACUUUCGGAAAUAAGCUUCUACCAUACAUCUUUGCGCUCUCUUUUGAGAAUUUUCAAUCGAAAAUCUUCCUCGCUCCAUCGACAAACGAUCGGGCCGAGUUGCACGUGAAUUCAGUGACCGAAAAUGUGCAAGCCUCCUUUCAUAAAAGUGCUGAAUAUUCUGGCGAUCGGGUCGAUGAACCACCGCGCACAAUGGGCGACGGGUUCUCGGUGGUACAAACGGCGAAAUUGGAGAUUUUCUAUACAAUGGACAUUUUGGGAAUCGAAACAGCCGAUCAGCAAUCACUGCACGAGCGACGACCCGUUUGGGAGUCCGUCUGGAGAUUUGGACAAAAUACGGUGUUCUCGUACGGGCCAUGGGCUGAGGCGCAACGCUUCAAAAUGUACUCGUUUUUCUUCCCGCCGAAUUUCCAAACUGCAACCGUUACGGAAAUGCCAAAAAGAGGUGAACCUCGUAUCCGAAUCAUUCAUGAGAUUCGUGUCGUUUUGCUCAACGUCACCACUAUUGACUUAUGGUUUCUGCGGGGGGAUCAAUUGGAAAGCAUGCACACACGGUGUAAACCGGGUAGCUCGAUGGAGAGCACAAUCUGGUGGAUCACCCAACCGAAUGGAUUCUCGUGGACCACGAAUCUCUCUUUGCUCAAUGUGGAAAGUACAACGUCUCUCAUCAAUCGCCGCCUUUUACAAUGUGAAACCCUGUCGAUGGGGUGCGAUAUCGAGUACCCGAAAGAGUACAACGCGAAACAGACGUGGAAGGUUCGUCUCGGCCUCUCGAAAGCGACCAUGUGGCUUGUCUGGGAUCAUAAACGCUUUUUCAAUGAUCUGAUCAACGAUUGGAUCGGUGAUGAACCGUCCGAUUUGACCCGUUUUGUCCCGUACACUGUCUCUUUUGAUGUCUAUGUGCCGGAUAAUUUUGAGGUCAUUCUUUGGCUAAAUGAGGGUAACUGGGUGGAUACUCAAGUUGGCGUUCAACCCGAAGGAGUCGAAGCAGCCAUUGUUGGCGAAAAGCUAUCGUUUAAUUUUGUUCUACCAUUCAUCGAUUUUCUCCCGAAAACCAUCAAAACCUCGUACUUUUUGAGUGCCGAAAGGGAGUUGGCUGUUAGAUUACGAUUGCCCAAUCAAAGCUCAAUGCAACCGAUUCUGGCCUCUUUGUUUAACACGUGUAACGCUGAUCGUUUAGCAGCUCCAUCAACGAAAGGACUUGUCAGCAAUGAUCCCUCCUGGUUCGAGAUCUGGCGCACCGAGCGUUUUGAGGCACUCUUCACGCACUGUUUUCAUCCAAUGCCUGGGAAAUUCCCCACCGAUCUACCGUAUCAUGUUGUUGAGGAAUUCUCUCACAAAGGUCCAACUCAUCCAAAAGAUUUGCCCACUGAUAGCCUCGAUGUCGCAUUAGAAGUUGAGGGAUCAAUGGUGAUGUUGACGGGAAUGAUCAUCAAAAUCAUCGUCGAACUCAAGAAUAACUAUUUUGGUUUCUACGAUCAACUAACUGAUGUGACAACAGCCGACAAUGAGGUGCCACAACCGGGCUUAUUUGGAAAGGUGAACAGUCCACUCGAGUACUAUCGACCGAUUGACAUCACUCUCGCAAUUCGGAUCCACAAUGUACGAGCUCAUCUACUCACGCAUAUGCCAACGAGUGAGAUGAGACGACCGAGUAGUGCUCAGGAGAUUAGAGAAGCUUGUCCCACAGUGCUUGCCGAGCAACUCGUCGUUGAGAUGAAGAAAAACUUCAAUGAAACUAUGGUACAGGUCGGCAUCGGCACAGCUAUCGCUCAUUUCAAUAAAGGUUUCUUGGCUGAACACGACGGAUACGCAACACUAUCCGGAUUGCAAUUUAGAGGUCACGCAAUGUUUUCUCCAAUCAAUGUACCCUGGGACAUGGCAGUGAACGAGUACGCGUGGUUGAUGGAAGUGAUUGUCGGCGAUGUGCAAGCAAGGCUAUUACCAGCACAUGUUGUGCAAUUGGUUCAAUUUCUCGACUCGCUUUUCUUGGUGAUGUUGUCACCGGAUGAGGAUUUUCGUUUACCCGAUCGUUUCAACAUUUGCCAGCAUGGGGCACACCCGGAGAGAUGUAAAAACAAGGAAACUCACUUGUGCCCGAGUGAAGAAGCACUCAAAUACAGAAAUCUUCGUGUCUCACUUGGAUCGAUUCAAAUAGAUAUUGUUGAACAGAGGACCCUAUUAGCGCUUGAAAUCGAUCCUCUACGCUUCACACUAUGCAAUGUUCAUCAGGGACGAUUUGUUGAAACAAUUACUGUCAAAGUGCCAAAGAUCCAAGCCUCAACUCUCAUCCACAAUGAGGAUGCUCAAAAUUGGAUCGAAGCUGCGAAACUAUCUAUUGACAAUGUAGCGAUUGAGAUUACGCUGCCUAGAGAUCAAAACGAUCCCUCUCCAAUGGAACAAUCGGAGUUUCUUCGAAAGCACGAUGCAGCAACAAAAAGGCUUUAUUUUCUGCAGAACUCUACAAACGAAUGUACAUGCUCUGGAGGCACUCGUUUCUUUGCCGAACUGGACAAAGUCGGGAAAACCUUUUGGGAACAUGAAAAUUUGGAGAUUAUGACGCAGAAAAUCAAUCCAUUUGGACAACAACCGGGUUUUUUGCAAUCGAUUUUACAAGAGAGUCAAUCCAUGAUUCUCAUCAAUUCACCUCAUCUCGCCUACACACGUCGCCAUGUGGCAAUCGAUUUACACAGAAAGAACAGUUUUGAGACGGGCGAAUACAAGUCAGAGUUUGGCUCAACCCUCUCAUUUUACUCGGCUUUCUCGGAAAAUGAGGAAACUCAUUUCGGAAAAUCGCUAUUAAACUCGGCUGAAACGAUCAAAGCAUAUGCACGCUUUUUGGACAAAUAUGAAUUGGAGAAAUUCGAUACCGCCAACCCACCGCAAUUUUGCUCAAAAUUUGGCACACUUGACGAGUGGAGAAAACAGCGAAAAAUUGAGAAGAGAAAGCUUAACGAUGGAAUCAGUGAGUUACACUUGCGUUCAUUGGACAAUCGGAUGGAAAAUUUCGAGAGAAAGAACUCGGCAAUCGAUCAAAGACACAAUUUGGGCAUUUGUGGGAAAUUUGGGGAUGAGGCAAAGCUCCUACUCACUCCACUAGGUCUGGAGGCGUUGGAUAAGCUGUUGCUAAGCGUGUCGAGAAGUUUGACCAACCUUCAUCCAGCUUACUUGGCUCAGUGCCUCUAUCGACAGUGCACUUUCGCAAAACAUCGUCAACCACUCACCGCGACACUCUUUGCGGAUAAAAGUGAUCGGACAUUGAUUUUAGCGAACUUUACGAUUCCAACGAUUCAUUUGUGUCUUUUCUCUUGUAACUCAAGCGAGACAUCAAACACGGCAAGUGUUCUUCUUGUUCGAGUUGAUUCGGGGCAAUUCCACACGAAUACCAUCCGAGAUUCGAAUGGUCAAACGUUAAAGCUCUCGUACAAACGCCAGGGUGAACUUGCUGCUCAAUAUCUGCGCUUUUUUGAUCGAAAUACACUCGAUUUCUUGACGCAAAGACUCCAGUCAAAGAGCACAACGAAUUGGGCGACUUGUCGACUAGCAAAGGAGAUGUACAAUUUGGAUUUAAGGCCUCUCAUCAAUAUCAGCGCCGCAUUCUUGGAGGUAAUUGGAGAGAUUCCAAUGUGUGCAUCGAAUGUUGAAAUGUCUCAAACAAAAACUCUUCUUAAUCAUGGAUCAAUUGAUGUGAUGUUCAUCAUGGCUCGUCCUCUUGAAAUGACUGGUCGAAAUGAGUUCCCGAUUUUUGAAGCUAUUUCUCCAACUGUUUCUAUGUGGUUCUCCUCAGUGACGAGAAUAGCGAAAACUAUGAAAAAGGCAAUCAAUCGAUUCGAGAUCAACGGUGACAUCAAAUUGUUAGAGCUUCUCUCAACGGCACUCGACGAUCCGAAUGUUCUUCGACCCACCAAAUCAUGUAUGAGCAGUGUGAAGAAAUUCCAUAAGAAUUUCUCGAGUUGCCCGAGUUGUCAAGUGAUUCAAGCGUUGCUACGCUACACAGCGAAUCCAUCAACUCGCUAUUCGCCUUUGCCCAGCAAUUUCCCCGAACUUCACGAGGAAACGAAUCGCAAAGCGGCCAUCCGGGCACUCCUCUCGCAUUGGCAGACUGUCAUUUGUAAAUAUAUCAAGGUUGCCUCAAAUCAAGAAGCCCUGAAGUACGUGGGACGACUCGAUGACGGGAAAGAGACGGAAACGCUCAAAAAUGAGAUUAUCAACAAACAGGACUCACCGUACCUCCGAAAAUUACGUCAACCAAUCGUCGAUGAGAUCGAUGAAGUGAUUGGGGAAAAUGAGGAGAAAAAUGAUGAAGAGCCACCGCCGAAAAUGGAUUUAUACCAAUAUGUGAAACGGCAUCGAGAGCUGAGAAAAGAGGAAAGGAAACGCGAGAUCAGUUUCGGUGAUAAAGAGGCGAAUUUGAUGGAGAUAUCGCUGCUCGCUUUCUUCUACAGUUUGCACAAGAACUGUCACCUCGACUAUUCAUUCGAAGUUCUUCCCCUUUCAAAUGGGAAUUUCAAUCUUGAGAUUCAUCUUGAUGAUGUUUCGAUAAAUGUGACCGAACAUCGAUGUGCAUCCACAUCGGAUUUACGUCAAUUCUUCUCACAUUCAACUCAUCAAUUGUUUCAUUUAAAGCGAAUGGACACGAUUGGAAAGAUGAACUAUCGAAAAGAAAUGGAUCAACGUCGUUUACGGCCGUUAAUUGCAAGAAUUGAUUUGGAACAUGCGUGCGAAUUGGAAAGUAUUCGAUGUGUGGUGGCGAUCUCAUCGGUUUGCUUGAUUAAGGAGUUGGCUCUUGUCGCAAUCGCUGUCUCCGAAUUGAGCAAAGAGUUAUCAAGAGCUGCUGAGAUCUCUCAACCACUUACACCUGUUGAGAAAAAACCUUCAUCAGCUUCAAUUCAUUCAUUCAAAAACAAAAGCCCAGAUGAGAAUCUUUGGAUUCGUGGAGUGCUUGAGAAAACAAAAGCUUUUCAAAAAACGAAUCAACGUCGUGGUUUGGACUUGAAAUAUGUGCCAAUCGAGUUGCUGAUUAAAGGAAAUGUAAACUUCUCAAAUAUUCGUCUUGAAUCAAUUCUCACCGAUCUUUGCAUUGCCGUCUCGAUGCAACACAUUGCAAUGACACAAACGGACACGAGAAAGUUGAAUGGUUGUGAUCCGAAAGAGAAAGCCACACAGAACACACAUUUCUCGAUCUUUCUCCGUCGAGCAACGUUGGCCAUUUUGGAGAGCGAGGGAAGAGCACAACGACAAGCAACACCUGUCAAUUUGUCUAGUGGGAUAAAGGAGAAAGUUGAUCAAAAAUUCGAACAUCAGCAACAUAUUCUUGAUUGCAGUCUACAAGAAAGUCAUCUCACUGUGACAAGAAAAAUCCCCUCUGAGAAAGAUGUGAACACAUUUUUGCGUUUAUCCCUUGGAGCAAUUGAGGGAGAUUUACCAAUGGCCGCUCAAUCAUUGCACGAUGUUGUACUAAGACACGGGCCACAGUUAGAACGACAAUUUGAUCGCUUAUCCGCUCAACCGACUACAACAACCACUCAAAAUCCACCGCAAUCGAUGAAUCCGUUAAUCAACGAGGUGACUGAGGAGAAUCGAGAAAUAAAAGAAAAUCUUCUCAUCAAAGCGACGAAUCCGAUUGGAGUGCCGAAUCUUGGAGGACCGCGGAGGAUUGUCAAGGUUGCUUUCAACUUCGAGAUCACAAGCAUUGAGCUAGCCGCUCAACUAUUGCCAAGUUUACGCAUGAAAUACAGGAUUGGACAAGUGCACAGUCAGGGAAUAACUGGUGAAGCAGCCAACUGGACGGCUGAACUCGUAAAGCACGAGGUACGCUUCACAGUGCAAGCCGAAACUCGCUCGAUUCCCGAGCAUUUCUCACUACCACUUCCAAAGAUCAAUGUCAUUGGUACGUAUGAAAAAGUGGGAAAUGAAGGAGCGCCGAUCUCUGCGAAACAACUCCAUUACAGAGAAGGCGGAUAUCUUGAUGUAUUGCUGCAAUUCGGCCGUGUCGACUACACAUUCACAACGGAUCUCCUGAAUCAGAUCCUCUUCGCCGAGCAGUCUUUCCGUUCAGAGAUGAGUCUAUUGAUCUCUCGAAUUCGUUCUUCUAAACCAGCUCCAUUCGCUCCGUCAUCAAAUGAACAGACAAUGGGAAAGCCGCUAUUGUUCUCAUUGAAGGUGGAAGGUCUUGAAGAGAAAGGAAUCCCUUGGCUACAAUUGACAGCUUCAACUCCAACAUCGAUCGCUUUUCGAUUAACUCUUGAUAAUUUACAUGGAAAUUUGACAAAUCGCUGGGUUGUUCGAGAGGCUGAAGGACGGGAAAGAAUCUUUGGCGUGGCCGAGAUCGAACUCUCGGCUAAACUCGGGCAACUCUGCAAGCCGGCACAAUUCCAUGAGGUCGCUUUCGAGCUACAAGAAUAUGCGUCAUUUAUGACACAGAUUCGUUUGGAGAAUAAAGAGGGCACAGCGAACUCGAAUUACUCGUAUUUGAUCGCGUUGAAUCGACCGAUUCUGUUGAUCAAAUCGAUGGCGUUUGAUAAGGCAAUUCUCUUGUGGUUGAACUACAAGAACACAUACGAUUAUUGGCGAACGGAAAUGACGAAAGCAGAAAAAGAGCGAAUGAGGCAAAGGAAGGAGACGAGCAUUGAGAUCGAUGAGAAGGGAUUGGCAAAGAAUGCGAUAUCGAUGUUUAGCCCGCAACCUGGUGCAAGUUCGGCUACGGACAUCAACAUCAACAUGUCACUCUCGAUUCAAAACGGAAUGUACAUUUGCAUGCCGUUAAUAGGCACAGAGAUUAGCGACGGCAUGGCCGCUCUGGUGAUCUCAUUGGAGAAAAGUGAUGUAAAUGUCUGCGUUCGAAAGGAAUUAGCCUGUCAAGCUGUCUUUGAAUCGUUUAAAGUCGCUUUCGUCGAUAAUUACGAUGAACAAUCUCUCUCUGAUUCAUUUUUCAAGACGACUGAUGAUUCGAAUUAUUGCUUUUUUCCUUCUGGUACUUAUCAAUUUUGCUCACAAGCUUCAACUGGAUUGGAGGGGAGAGCUGAGUGGGUUCUAUCGAUUCGAUCACAAAUGCAGGGAAUGCAAGUGGAUCUGGAUCAACGAAUCGGUCGCCUUGCCAAGCUCUUAGUCAACACUUUUACAUCGUUUGGUGAAGACGAUGAUUUUGAAGAAUUCACGGAUCAAGGCUAUGAUUUGGAGACAGAUUUGGGAGAAGAGGAUGCAAAAAUGUUGGAGGAAGCGGCUGAGCUUCAAAAAAUCCAGCAACCAGAGGGGAAAGUGCGGUGGAUUGAGAGGAAAAUGCAUGAGGAAGCUGUUCAUAUUUCGGAGUUGGUACAGAAAAGAGCAUCGGAAAGGGAUUUAGAGGCAGCUCGUGUAAAACUUCGCCGUCUUGAAUUGAUUCGUUUCAAACAAUUUCGUCGAACUAUGAUUGAGAAAUGGAGAAGAAGCCAUAUUCAACCGAAAAAGCAAGCCUCAAGUCGAAAUCAAGACCUCGUUUCAAGAAAACAUUCAAGACCAGGCGAGACAGCUUCAAUCAACAAAGCCGAGCCGAUACGUCCAGAAACAACAGUUGAUAUGCACAUUGAUUUACAGCUAAACAUCGCCUCAGGCCUAUGCAUUCUACGCACUAUGCAAAAAGAGGGAUCUCAACAACAGACAGGAUUCACAAAUGUGCAAAUGUCGAAAAAACCAUCAGCAAAAGAUUUGAGAAAGGGACUUUUCACAAUGCAACAAAGCAAUGAGACGAGGUUCUCGAUUCCGAGUGUCGAUAUCAAAGGCUAUUAUGCGUCAAAAGAAGCUGUCGGUGAGAUGGAAAAUCGUUUGAAUCCGAUGAAUGAAAUUGGGGAAAUGAACAAUCCGAUGAAACAACAUUUGAUUGACGAGCAAAGAAUGGCGCAUGCCAGCAGUACCUCGUUCCUCGAUCGUCCAUCACCGCUAAAAACUCUCAAAAAAUUGCCAUCAUCAACGAGCAAUUUGGGAAAAGAGGUGAAUCCGUCAAAACGUGGGUGUUUCUACUUGAACAUCAGCCUUGCCUCAAUGCCCACUGAGACAGUCGUUCGACCACAUUUGGCCGAUUUUCUUGAACAGGUUCUUGAACCCCUUCCCAACACCUCCGGUCUGAUGUUCCGUUCCUCAUCCAUUUCCACGAUUCAAGAAUCGAUAAAUUCGACGGAUUCUGUCUCUGCGCCAAUUGUUUCAAUUGAUACAUCAGCUCUUCCAUUAGAUAUCAUUUUAUAUCUAACCAUUCAAUCAUCAACUUUCCGUUUCGAAGGGCAACAACAGCGUUCCUCAGCAGCCGAUUGUCUCUUGAAGUUACCUUGUCUUACCCUAAUGGCUUCUACUCGACGAAUGGAAGGCUUGACAUUAAAUCAAGGAAAUGCAGCCUAUGUUUUAGGAGGAGUAGACAUCUCGGUAACUCUAUCGGCGUUCUCUCUAUCCAUUUACUCGCCUCAUCAACAAGCCACAGCUCAUGAUGCUCUUUCGCUAACGUUAGAUCAUUUAUCCUUUGUCAUCUCGAGAAGUAAAAACGGAUCACAGGAAAUUGAUAAUAAAGUUCGGUUCGUUCUCACCGCAAAUGUUGGCUCGGCUUCUUUCAACUAUGACAUGAGGCGAUUGAGCGAGUUGAUCGCUUUCCCGAAACCAUGGUACCGUGCCGCUAUCAUGCGUCGUGUCUUCUUCGGUGAUCAAAGUGUGAAACCGAAAAGUCCGCCAAACCAAGACCGACCAGCAAGCAGAAUUUCCGCACAACCUAUUCGAAAACUCGAGCCACGUCCCGAGAAAGAGGAGAAAGCAUGGGCGGCGACCGUGCAAGUGGCCGUACAAUGGAAAGAGUUGAACAUUUUUGCUCAAAUGAGUAAUGCAAUGGGGAACACGACGUGGAAGGCAAGAGAUGGAGUGCUCAGGGGACACACAAAGUUAAACUCCCGACUGGAACGAGAAGCGUAUAUCCUUUUCCGACUCCAUUCAUCCGAACUCUCCGCUCAUGGAGGAGCGAUCUCAGGCCAAAUCGGCAUCACACAAUUGAGAUUAUCAGCCAAGCACAGCAAGAAAUCGAAUCAACCACCAGCCAACCAUUUCAACACGAACCUCAAAAGAAUCUCCUGUCGAAUCGAGUGGAUGUCUCGUUCAGUUCUCAUUGCGACAUGCAAAGAGCCGACAAUCUCCGUUUUUGAUGAUUGGUCUGUAGAGAAAGAUUCGAGUGGAGUGGUGAAUCGCUCUUCAGUCUCUGUUGGAAUGGACGGUCGAUGGUGUGAUCUUCAAAUGGUGAUUACAAGGGAUACAGUCGAAUCCUGUGAGAAAAUCUUUAACAAACUCGUCUCAUUCUUCCAGGAUCAACUGAAAAGCUCGAAGAUUGUUUGGGGAAUUUAUGAAGAAAAAACCCUGACACCGAUUGAGUCAGAAGAAACGAAUGGGGAAAAGGAAGAGAGGAGUCAUUUGGCGAGCCGAUUUUGGGAAAAGGUCCUCGACAUUCUCUGCUCGAUCCAAAUGCGUCAAAAUCUAUUGCCUCUUCCGAUGUCAGCUAAUGGAGAGACUGUGGUUGGUGGCAGUGUUCAAUUCGAGGCUGGUAGCAUCAGUUUAGCGUGUAUGCAUGGGGAAAUGCACGCAAAUAGCUGGGCUUUCUUCCACAUGCAACAACCGUUGAUCCUCUUCACUCCCGAGGCUCUCUACACGUUUGUCGAUGAGGCUAAUGGACAGGUCGGUAUUCUGAUGAAUCAAAAGCUCAUCGUGCGCCUUGGACCCGAUCAACCCGAUCCACGGCACACCGACAAUUUUGCAAACGUUUGUCGCGUUCAAACAAGAAAUUUAACGAUGCGAACGAAUGCGUCAAUUGAUGAAUGCCUGGAUCACGUGAUUGGGGAAGUGCUGCGAGCGUUGGAGACAAAGACGCAAGGCCGUGGCACGCACAGUGUUCUCGAGUUGUUCCAAUUUCCCGCCUUAGAAGCAGUACUGAAAACACAUCAGGUGAACCCGUGCAGUGAGAUGGACUCCGGUGGAUCGGAGGGAGCACAAGAGGUCCACUCGACUUUCGUCUGCGAUUUCCACAACGCAGUCUCCGUGCAAACCGAUUUCAACGCACAAGUCUCUUUUCUGCCAGAUCUUCUGAAGAGUUAUAUGAAAACGCAUCAACAGGAGAGCUCCACCUCGUCAACUUCUUCCUCAACUUCUCUAUCUCGUGAUCAUCGAAUCUUUAAAUGUGAGCAAUGGACAGUCGAUCCGAAAAUUCGUUUCAUCGAUCGAAUCAAAUGGAAUCCCCCGGUGAUCGAUGAGGUUUUAAAGAAGUUACAGAUCUUCGAUCACCGCACAACGAUUCCGAAGUCUCUUCAACGUGCUUUAUUAGAUCCAUUGGAUGUUUUAUUAGCUGUUUUAAUGAAAGAAAUGCUCAUCAUGGCUUCAAAAGGA